AUGAUGGACAUUGUGAUGGUUCUAAUAAGAAGGAUCAUACAGAGUAAUGUUGAGAGCUACCCUGAACUGCUCCAUGCUGUUGCUGCCUCAGCAUCUGUCUGGGCAGCAGGCAGCCUGCGGGUCCUUGAACUCACACCAGCCAGUCCUGACCAAGUCGCCCCCACCCCCACCCAGCCUCACCAGCUGAGGCGCACAGGCUUCCUCUUCCCAGAGCGCGUGGGGUAUUCCUGGACCAGGAAUGAGGCCCGAGGGCCCCGCACUUGGCGGCUGACCUUCCGGGAUGUGGCCAUAGACUUCACUCAAGAGGAGUGGGAAUGCCUGGACCUCGGUCAGCAGGAAUUGUACACGGACGUGAUGGUAGAGAACUAUAGGAACCUGGCUUCCUUGGGUCUUGUGGUCUGUAAGCCAGACUUGGUCAUCUUUCUGGAGCAAAUGAAGGAUCUCAGGAAUAUAAGGAGAAUGCAGACAACAGGCAUAUACCCAGGAAGGAAACCUUUCAAGCGUACAGUAUGUGCCAAAGCCUUUAAUCAGAAUUCAAAUCUUAGUCAACAUCAUCAAAUCCAUACUGGCAGGAAACCUUAUAAAUGUAGCGAAUGUGGCAAAGUGUUUAUCUAUUUCUCAAAUCUUUGUCACCAUCAGCAAAUUCACAUUGGCGAGAAACCUUAUAAAUGUGUAAAGUGUGGCAAAGCCUUUAAUCAGAACUCAAGUCUUACUCGACACCAGCAGCAAAUUCAUACUGGAGAGAAACCUUAUAAAUGUAAGGAUUGUGGCAAAGCCUUUAGUCGGCGCUAUGGUCUUACUCAACGCCAGCGAAUUCAUACUGGAGAGAGACCUUAUAAAUGUAAAGAAUGUGGGAAAGCCUUCAAUACAAACUCACAUCUUACUCAACAACAGCGAAUUCAUACUGGAGUGAAACCUUAUAAAUGUAAGGAUUGUGGCAAAGCCUUUAGCCAGUGCAGUGGCUUUACUCAACAUCAGUUAAUUCAUACUGGAGAGAAACUUUAUAAAUGUAAAGAAUGUGGAAAAGCCAUUAGUCAAUCCUCAACUCUUACUAAACACCAGAUAAUUCAUACUGGAGAGAAACCUUAUAAAUGUAAAGAAUGUGGAAAAGCAUUUAAUAAAAACACAACUCUUACCAAACACCAGUGAAUUCAUACUGGAGAGAAACCUUAUAAAUGUAAAGAAUGUGGAAAAGCCUUUAGUCAAUCCUCAACUCUUACUAAACACCAGCGAAUUCAUACUAGAGUGAAACCUUAUAAAUGUAAGGAUUGUGGCAAAGCCUUUAGCCAGCGCUAUGGCUUUACUCAACAUCAGUUAUUUCAUACAGGAGAGAAACCUUAUAAAUGUAAAGAAUGUGGAAAAGCCUUUAGGCAUAGCAGUCAUCUCACUAGGCAUCUCAGUGCACAUACUGGAGAGAAACCCUCAUAA